AUGUCGAUCCCCAACCCCGUCAGCUCGGUGUCCAAGGUUUACACGGAUGUUUUAGCUUCGAAACCACAGUCGUACUGGGAUUAUGAAAACAUAAAUAUCAAAUGGAACUCGCAAGACAACUACGAAAUCAUCAAAAAGUUGGGACGUGGAAAGUAUUCGGAGGUUUUUUUAGGAGUGGAUCUUAAAAAAGGUGAAAAAUGCGUUAUAAAAGUGUUGAAACCGGUCAAAAGAAAGAAGAUCAAGAGAGAAAUUUCCAUUUUGAAGAACUUGGACGGCCCCAAUAUCAUUGGGCUUUUUGAUAUUGUAAGAGAACCCCAGCUGAAAACACCUGGACUCAUCUUUGAGCACGUCAACAACAUCGACUUUCGCACCCUCUACCAGUCUUUCACCGACUAUGACAUUCGGUUCUACAUGUACGAAUUGUUGCGAGCGUUGGACUACUCGCACUCGAUGGGGAUCAUGCACCGUGACGUCAAGCCCCACAAUGUUAUGAUAGACCACGAGAAGAAACUUUUGCGGUUAAUUGACUGGGGUUUAGCCGAAUAUUACCAUCCAGGAACCGAAUACAAUGUGCGAGUUGCAUCGCGGUAUUUCAAGGGACCGGAAUUGCUCGUGGAUUUCCGUCUCUACGAUUACUCUCUUGACUUGUGGUCGUUCGGGUGCAUGUUGGCGUCAAUGGUUUUCAAGAAAGAACCGUUUUUCCACGGAAAAUCGAACACCGACCAAUUGGUGCAAAUUGUGCGUGUGUUGGGAUCGGACGACCUACACAAAUAUUUGCAGAAAUACGGGCUUGUUUUGAGCGAGGAGUACGAAGAUUUGGGAUACUACAAUAGAAGACCUUGGAAGCGAUUUGUCAACGAGAACAACCAGCAUCUUGUCAGUGACGAGUUUCUUGAUUUCAUCGACAAGUUGUUACGCUACGACCACCAGGAGAGAUUGACGGCCAAAGAGGCUAUGGCACAUCCGUACUUUGACCCAGUACGGCCAAGUAAUACUAAAUAG